CCACCGCCAUUUUCCCAACCGCCCCAACCUUGUCCGGGCUCGGGCUCACCGCAGGUGAACACCAAUCAGCAGCCAAAUGGUUUUGCCAAUCAAGAGGAUGGCUUGCCGGCACCUGCUCGUCUUGUCUCUUUCUUCCUGCCUCGUGGUACCUCAAAACUGCUUCACAUCACCAGGCGAGGCUGAGUUGUAAUGCAAUGUUUUUAUGUCGUUUUAUUUCUUACAGCUGGCUAUUCUCACUCACUGAUGAGUUCUAA